AUGUCCCAGAUCGUCUCCCCCGCCGAAUACCUCCCCCUGCGACUCUCGCUCCUCGAAGCCGAAAAGGAAAACACCCGCGCGCGCGACGAACUGGCGCGCCAACGCCGCGCCCUCCCCGUCGUCGAAGUCACCACGCCGUACACCUUCACCGACGCCACAGGGCGCAAACUGACGCUGGCGGACCUCUUCGACGGGCGCGCCCAACUGAUCAUCUACCACUUCAUGUUCGACCCGGACUGGGACGCCGGCUGCGCGAGCUGUUCCCUGCUAGGCGACUCGGUUCCGGACCUGCGCCACCUGCACGGCCACUCGACGACGUUUGUGGCCGUGAGCCGCGCGCCCAUUGACAAGAUCAACGCGUACAGGGCGCGCAUGGGCUGGACGUCCUCCUUCCCCUGGGUGAGUUCCUUUGGGAGCAGCUUCAACCACGACUUUGGAGCCACGCAGGACGAGGCCGUCGCGCCGGUCAAGUACAAUUUCAAGACAAAGGAGGAGCUGGAGGCCCGUGGGAUGGGGUACUUUGCGCGUGGCGAACAGCCCGGCCAUUCGGUGUUCAUCCGCGGCGGGGCCUCUGGCGUGGGUGUGGGAGACCAGGGUAAGGUCUAUCAUAGUUAUAGCACCUACGCGAGGGGUGGCGAGCCCAUCAUCAAUACGCUGACUUGGUUGGAUAUGACGCCCCUGGGGAGACAGGAUGGCGUGAGUGACGUGGAGGGGUUGGGGUUCAAGCGGCAUGAUGAGUACACGGCGGAGGAUCUCAAGGGGUUGUCGGCGCAGAAGGUCGGCGCGUGA